AUGGCUCGAGUUACCAACAAAUACGUGAUCGUGUUACUGUGGGCCAUGGUGUCGUUUGGUGUCGCGAUUCUGUGCUUCUACGACGGGUUCUUCUUGCGCCGAAGAGUCCUCACGUCGCGUAGUGCUUCCUGCGAACUUCCGCAAAACCUCCCGCAUUGCUUGUUUCCCGGGGUGCCUUUGUGCACUGCGCCGAACAACGCUGCUUUCGACAAGCUCAUCUUCAUUGUGAUUGACGCUUUGAGGUUUGACUUUUUGAACGGAUCCUCGAUUCGUUGGCCCGAAGAGAGGAUGCGAAACGUGAAAGAACUCGUGAACUCUCAUCCGGAAAAUGCGUUGAUUGGGAAAGUGUUGGCGGAUCCACCGACGACGACGAUGCAACGUGUUAAAGCAUUGACCACAGGAACGUUCCCGACUUUCAUAGAUGCUGGCGCUAACUUUUUUACCGGCGCUGUAGAAGAAGAUAGUUUGUUGUUUCAGUGGCGUUCAGCGAAUAAGUCCGUAGGCUUCGUGGGUGACUCGACAUGGACUGACAUGUUUCCGGAUGCAUUCAGCGAAGCGCAUCCGUGCUCGUCAUUCGAUAUCACAGACUUGGAUACAGUUGACGAAAUGGUUACAAAAAAGCUGAGGGAAGAGUUGACCUUGCCCAAGUUUGACGUGUUCAUAGGACAUUUCCUCGGUGUCGAUCAUGCGGGACAUCGUUACGGCCGCGGACAUCCGGAAACGGCUCGAAAGCUUCGUGAGAUGGACCGCAUUGUUUGCGAAACUGUGGAGAACAUGGGAAAUUCCACGUUAUUGGUUGUUCUCGGUGAUCACGGGAUGACAGAUAGUGGUGAUCACGGUGGAGAUACCGAAGACGAAACCGAAGCCGGGCUUCUUAUUUUCUCCAAAACCGCGAAAUUUGAAAUCAUUGGCGAUCGUUUCCUUGAAGUUUCGCAAAUUGACUUGGUACCAACGUUGGCGUGGUUGACGGGUGUAGCGAUGCCGUUGUCCAAUUUAGGAAGUGUGGUGCUUGACGUGAUCCCGGCGUUGGAAAGAAUAGAUUCAACAGCGGCGAAUUACUUGCAAGUGAAGGCAUUUUUGGAUAAUUAUCCAAUGACGGGGUUUCCAGUGGAUGAGCGAAAGACGCUGAAAAGACUUAGUGACAAGAUUUCUUCUGUUUCCUGCGAGGAAGAAGGACCUAGUCGACUGAACGUGAAUCAAUCGCAAGUGACGGAAUGGCGACGAGAAUUCCUACGACUCUCCAAGACCAUGUGCCGAAAGGCGUGGGUGGAUUUCGAUACGCUUUCAAUGGCGAAUGGCUUGGUAUUCGCCUUGCUCGCUUUGGGCACGUGGAUUUCUGUGUGCCUCGUCCCUUUGUCAGCGAUAUCAGAUGUGUUUCAUCGCCCGCUCCUGAACCUCUUGUCCAUUGGAACUUCGGGGAUAAUUCUGUUCUGGCUUUGUGUUCAAUGCACGGGUUGGCUACCGGAAAACAUCGCAUGGUCCGCCAUUUUCGCGACUUCUUGCGGAACAGAAGCCCUCGUGUUGUCGAACGUAGUUAAGCACGGAAAGAUGUUGAGCAUUUUGAAACAGCGGUAUUUUCCGUGGAUGACAAUUGUUGCUGUGGUGGUGCACUCGUGUUUAUUCGCAUCAAACAGCUACGUGGUUCGCGAAGAUGCGGUAGCUGUGUUCUUCUUUGUUACAUUCGUGAUCAUCGAGACGCGGAGUGCGGAUGUGGAAACGUUUUUCAAGUGUAAUUUCAAGACUUUGGAUUCACAAAAAACGAAGUUCCACAAGCAAAUUAAAGCGACAAGAAGUAACUUGCUUCGGUUGAUCAUUGUCGGAUUUUCCGUCGCUGCAGUUGCGAAGACUGUGCUCGUUCUUUUCCGAAAGUGCCGCGAGGAAAACGUUGGCUGUGAACCCUGGAUCACUCACAAACCAACCAACGGGCUUCUUCACGAUUCGGAGAAAAGAGCCAGAGUUUUAUCAGCAAGUGCAGCAGUGGUCAUUGCCACGUUCGGGAGUUGGACUCAAACCCCGUCUGCAAUGAUCGGAAAUGAGAUCACUUUGAAAGGAAUUGUGAUGCGGUACGUGCCGUGGUUCAACUGCUUUGCCUUGACGUGUUUCUGGUGCAGUUUCUGCUUGCCGAAGCGAGACUGGGCCGCUGCGUAUGAGCACAUUUAUUUGUUCCCUGCGUAUGUGUUGCUCAGCUCUUUGAUUGCCAGUGUGUUCGUGUUGUGUUCAAGACGGCAAAAGAGCAUCGGUGCGACAGAACUUUUUCAUUUUGUCAGUCUGUGUUUGUUUCAAGUUUUGUGCGUAUUCGUGGGAGAUGCGUACAUGGUAUCUUUUGCGGCACUGAAGAUAUCUUUGGUGGUGUUUGCGAGGGGCUUCAAACCGGAACGUGUUCUUGCGCUCGGAGCCCUGGCGAGUGUUUUCUUCUUCGCCACGGGUCACCAGAAUUGCUUCGUUUCACUGCAAUGGGAGUCAGCGUUUGUGUUCGGUCCGCUUUCGAGUAACUGGGCUUCGGCUUUGGCUGUGCUCAUUAACACGUUUGCAGUUUAUAUUUUGGUGGCCUUCGAGUUAUUCGGAUUAGUGAUGGGCGAGGAAGAAGGUGAUGAGAACGAAGGCUACAGCGAGCGGAGUUUCAAAGUCGCCGUAGUGUAUCUCACGUGGCUAAGUGUGCGGCUGUUCGGGUGUGCCAUUGCUGCUGCAGUUCUGCGACGUCAUCUCAUGGUGUGGAAAAUCUUCGCUCCUAGGUUUCUGUUUGAACUUGUUGGGUUCUGUGUAUCCGGCGUUUUCCUGCUUGUUGGGGCUGGGGUCGGGAAUUGGGUGCGAUGGCGAGUUGGAGAACCGCGACGUUGGACCAAACUUCCGUGAGAUCGAUGUGUAGGAAAGAAAAUUUGGUGAUUCUAUCCGUGUCGUAUCGCCGAUUGUAGUUCCUUUUUUAUGCGUACAAUGUUCGGUUGCACGCUCAGGUUUGAUUCGUUGCAACGAAUCUCUUUAUAACGAGUGUUUUGUUACAACGAAUUUUUUUUGGUCCCAUUAGUUUCUCCAGUCUCCACAAGGGAAUAUUACGCAAAAUUCUUUCCUCAACAAAAUUAAAAUCUCAGUAUCUCAAUUAUUUCCUUUGAAUCAUUUGAAUGCAGAUUUUUGUGCACAAAAAGUAGCGUCGCGUGAAGUAUAAUGUCCUGACCAAAAUUUAUCUAUCUCUAUUGUAUAAUAGGAUUCAGAAAUCGCUAAUUAAAAAAAAAAAAACGUUCGAAGGAAUACUGUUCCAUUUCAGGGAACAUUCAGUUGGUAAUGAAUAAAUCUUCUUCUUACGCGUGUGUUCUUGGUUAAUCCGAGCCUUUUUCCUUCAUUAAGAUCAGUGUAUUUUUCGGAAAUUCAAUGUAGGGUAGGUCUGGAAUAUGACAGUUGUAUUUUAUUUGUUGUAUGUUCUCUGUUCUUGCAUCAGAAGAAGUUUUAAAUAAAGACAAUUUUUCAUUUAUCUCUUGUAAAAGUACCCUAACUCUUGAAGUAUUGUUCACCUCUUUCCUGUGAAAUUUCAAUUAUACAUGCUCACCCUGACAGAACCAAAAAUAUCAUUAUUACAAAAUUUGUACUAUAAUACAUUUUUCUCGGGUCCCUGGGAGUUUGUUGUAAUGAGAUUUUACUGUAUGGAUAUUGUACCAGUGAGCAAUGCAUAUCAAGUCCGGAGUAUAGGUUCUGGAGGUCAAGGCAGAUAUCAAACAUAGUAUAAUGGCAUCAAUUGGAAAACAACUGUGUUCUGCCAUAUUUGAAUAUUUCAGGUUGGAUCUAUAAUCAUUUUUGAGGUUCUUUCAAUGCCAUUGAUUGAGGGUUGAUAUUCUUUUCCUCAUAUGCUUCCUCGAAAAUCUUCGAAGAAUCAACUGUGGCAGAGUUGCAUUUUACAGAGUACUAUACUGUACUUCGGAAAUAAGCGUUGGCUUGUUCGCCGGGUGCUUUCAAAAACGUGCGAUGCUCUUCAGAUGAAUUCUCUGGGAUAUUUUCCUACUUCGAGACGAAGAUCAUAUUUAUGGAGAUCUCUGAAAUUGUUGAAAUGCAUUCGUGCAUAUAUUGCGAAUUAUUUUCGCAUUUUUAAACGUCAUGUUAUGUUCGAUUUGUUGUUGACAUGUGCCAUUUGAAUUUUCAGG